CCCAAGAGGAAGAUCCGCCUCCCCCGCUGCUUAAUGUACACAAUCAAUUUCCCUGGGUACAGAAUCGGCGGUGAAGAAUUGGAAGAAAGACGACAUCUUCGAGGUGCGUUGAGGAAUUGAGAAGUACCCAUUUUCUCAAUUCGCGAGAUUAUGCAGCAACCAGCAGCUGGAGGAGCUGGAGGGUCCCAAACCCAUUACGGAGGAGCUGGAGAGAUGAGUGCUGCUGAACCUGCGGCGGCGGAGCAAGGCCAGCUGGUGGUGGAAGAGGCGUCCCCAAUCAGCAGCAGGCCGCCAGCUUCCGCGGCGGUGAAUUUGGACGAGCUCAUGACUUUGUCCGGCGCGGCGGCUGCAGCUGAAGAUGCUCUCGCGGAUCGAGGUGGCGGUGGUGGGUCCAGCGGGAACAGAUGGCCGCGUCAGGAGACCCAGGCGCUUCUCAAAAUCAGGUCCGAUAUGGAUGUGGCCUUCCGUGACGCCACCCUCAAAGGCCCCUUGUGGGAAGAUGUCUCCAGGAAACUAGCGGAAUUGGGGUACCAAAGAAAUGCCAAGAAAUGCAAGGAGAAAUUCGAAAACGUUCACAAAUAUUACAAGCGGACAAAAGAAGGCCGCGCGGGGCGCCAAGACGGCAAAAGCUACAAGUUUUUCAGCGAGCUGGAGGCUCUGCAUGGCACCGCCGCCACCGCCGCAGCUACGACAGCUAACGUGUCAGCCUCUCCGGCAGUGCACGUCGCGUCUCCGAAUCCGGUUUCUGUCGGGUUCGGAUCUGUCAGUAACCCCAUGCCCAUCUCAUCGUUCAGAAUGCCACAGCAACAACAACCACCUCCCGCCACUGUAAUUCCAAUAAUACCCUCGUCCCAGCCUGCAGCCACUCCGAUGGACUUUAACUUCUCCUCCAACAGCUCGUCGACUUCCCCGGGAACUGACGACGAGGACGACGAUGAUGACGUGGAAGGAGAGCGCUCGAGUCGGAAGCGAAAAAGGGGGAGUGCUAGUACUAGUACCGGAAUUAGUGGCGGCGGUAGUACCCGAAAAAUGAUGAACUUUUUCGAGGUUCUGAUGAAGCAAGUGAUGCAAAAGCAAGAGAGCAUGCAGCAGAGGUUUCUAGAAGUGAUAGAGAAGAGGGAGCAGGACAGGACUAUCAGGGAGGAGGCGUGGAAACGUCAGGAGAUGGCCCGGUUGACUCGCGAGCAGGAGCUCAUGAGUCAAGAGCGGGCAAUCUCUGCUUCAAGAGAUGCCGCCAUUAUCUCUUUCCUGCAGAAAAUUACUGGUCAGACUAUUCAGUUGCCUCCGCCGGUCAAUGUCCAAGCCGCUCCCCCACCACCUGUGCCUCCGUCGGUGUCGGUUGUCACGCCUUUACCACAGACAACGCCACAGCCGACGACACAGACAUAUCAAACACCGCAACAGCAACAACCUCAGCCACCACAACAAAUGCAACAAGUUCGUCAUGUUCAGCAGCCUCAAAAUGUUCAACAGCAACAACCUCAGCCACCGCAACAAAUGCAACAAGUUCGUCAUGUUCAGCAGCCUCAAAAUGUUCAACCGGUGAUGGCUGUACCGGAACAGCAGGUACCUCCGACAGCGCAGGAGAAUAUUGCUAGCGGUGGAGGAGGAGGGAGCUCCGAGCCUGCAUCAUCUUCGAGAUGGCCCAAGGCAGAAGUACUGGCGCUGAUAAAGUUGAGGAGCGGGCUUGAGUCGAGGUACCAAGAUGCGGGGCCGAAAGGCCCACUUUGGGAGGAAAUCUCCGCCGGCAUGGGGCGGAUGGGGUACAAUAGGAGUUCCAAGAGGUGCAAGGAGAAAUGGGAGAACAUCAACAAGUACUUCAAGAAGGUGAAGGAGAGCAACAAGAAGCGGCCCGAGGAUGCGAAAACGUGUCCGUAUUUUCACGAACUAGAUGCCCUUUACCGGAAAAGGGUGCUUGGCGGUGGGUCUACGGGCGGCAGCAGCAGCUCGUUGGGAAAUAUGCUAGAACAACAACCUCAACAGGAGCAAGUAGUGGCUGCAUCAGAAAACAAGAAUGCAGAUGAUAGCACGAAUGUGGAAACAAAUUUGAGAGCUAACCUCUUUGGAGAGGGAACAGAAGAGGCUGCCAAGAAGCCAGAAGACAUUGUGAAGGAGUUGAUGGAGGUGCAUGAUCACCAACAAGUCCUCCAACAAGGGCACCCACAACAUUUUGGAGUAGAUGACUGCAAUAGGAUGGAGGAAGCGAAUAGCGAUAAUCUUAUGGAUCAAGAGGAGGACGACAUGGAAGACGAGGACAUGGACGAGGAAGACGAUGAAGAAACGGAGCAAGAGCGGAAGAUGGCUUACAAGAUAGAGUUUCAGAAGCAGAAUACAGGCCCUUCGUCCAACGGCGGAGGCAAUGGUGCACCUUCUUUCCUCGCCAUGGUUCAGUGAGAAAUGUGCAUGGCCAAAUCUCUGUACAAUAUGUACGUAUCUCAAUCUAGCUCAAGUAAGAUUAUACCUCACAUGAGCAAAAGUUGAAACCCUCAAAAAAUUAGUUCUUCUAUUUUCUCUUCUUUUUUUUUUUUUUUUUUUUUUUUUUUUUUUGGCCUUUUCUUGUUUUCUUAAAUUAAUUUCUUUCAUUCUCCUUUGUUCAUCACCACCCCAUUUCAUCAUCUUCUGAUUUUUGUUGUCCUCUUGAUCUUCUUCUUCUUCUACUGCUUCUCGGAUAGUCUUCGUCGUCGUCGUCGUCAUCAGUUUUUUUCCAAUUUAUUGAUUUAUUGGUGAAUAAAAAAACCGUUUGAAAAACGGGGAGGGGGAUUGGAUUAAGACACAAGAAAUAAGCUUGCUCUAAAUUUACGUAGCAGCAGUCAUAUAUCGUUACAGAGAAAAACAAAACUGAGCCCUGGAAAUAUAGAGAGGGAGAGAAAAAGUGGACAGUUGCACAAGGCAGAUCAGCAGAGAUGAUUCACCAUUAUUCUUUUUUUUUUUUUCACUUUUAUUUUAUUUAUAUUGUUCUUGUUAAUUGAUUAAUUAAACUUUUGUGUUUCUUUUGUAAACUUUGCUUGGUUUGAAUGAAUGAACAAGCUGGGCUCUCUCUAAAAUUCAUAUUCCC